AUGCCCAGAAGUGCUUUUCAUUUCAAGCUCCAGCUGUUCAUUACUUUCCUCACUUUCAUACUUUCCCAAUCUUCCUGUAGCUCUUGCCCCAUCAAUGUGUGGCCAAAACCAAGAACAUUUUCAUGGCCAAAUCCUCAGGCCAAUCCUCUCUCCCCAAGCUUCCAAAUUAUAUCUCCAAGCCAUUUCUAUCUCUCCAAGGCCAUCUCUCAUUACUUGAACUUGAUCAACACUGAGCACCAUCUUCCCCUUGUGCGCCCUUUUGUCAACUUCUCCUCUUCGUCUCCUCCUCUCCGGGCUCUGCGUAUCACUGUAUAUGACCUUGUUACACCACUGCAACAUGGUGUUAAUGAGACUUACACACUCACCAUUCCUUCCAGUGGGGGCACCGCCAGUUUGGCAGCGCAGACGGCGUGGGGAGCCAUCUGGGGACUCGAGACAUUCUCGCAGCUGGUGUGGGGCAGCCCUUCGCGCGUGGCGGCGGGAGUUUUCAUGUUGGACAAGCCACUGUUUCCACACAGAGGGCUGGUGCUUGACACCUCAAGAAAUUACUAUGGAGUUGAGGACAUCAAGAGGACCAUCAUGGCAAUGGGGGCAAAUAAAAUGAAUGUGUUUCAUUGGCACAUCACUGACUCACAUUCAUUCCCUUUGGUGAUUCCUUCUGAGCCUGAACUUUCUGCCAAGGGCUCUUAUGGUUCUGAAAUGGUGUAUACUCCUGAUGAUGUGAAGGAGAUUGUUGAAUUUGGCCUGUCUCAUGGUGUCAGGGUUGUCCCAGAAAUCGACUCCCCAGGCCACACAGGAUCAUGGGCAGAAGCUUACCCAGAAAUUGUUACAUGUGCAAACAUGUUUUGGUGGCCAGCAGGAAGUGACUCGGACAGGCUUGCAGCAGAGCCAGGAACUGGCCAUCUAAACCCGUUGAAUCCGAAGACUUACGAAGUUCUGAAAAAUGUAAUUGCUGAUGUAGUCAAGCUAUUCCCAGAACCAUUCUACCACGGUGGAGCUGAUGAGAUCGUUCCCGGUUGCUGGAAAGCUGAUCCCACCAUCCAAUCCUUCCUUUCGAAUGGUGGAACGCUCAGUCAGGCCCUUGAAACAUUCGUCAACUCGACCUUCCCUUUCAUUGUGUCCCUCAACCGCACGGUGGUCUAUUGGGAAGAUGUUUUCUUGGAUGACUUAAUCAAGGUGAACUCCUCAUGUCUUCCACCCGAGCAUACAAUCUUACAAACAUGGAACAAUGGCCCGAACAACACUAAAAAGCUCGUUGAUGCUGGUUAUAGAGUCAUUGUUUCAUCUGCAGAGUUCUAUUAUCUGGAUUGUGGCCACGGCAGCUUUGUAGGAAAUAACAGCCAGUAUAAUCAGCCUCCGGGUAGCGACCCAGGCAACGGGGGAUCAUGGUGUGGACCCUUUAAAACUUGGCAAACAAUAUAUAAUUACGAUAUAACAUAUGGAUUAAGUGAGGAGGAAGCGAAGCUGGUGCUGGGAGGAGAAGUGGCAUUGUGGUCAGAGCAGGCAGAUCCAACAGUGCUGGAUUCAAGGCUUUGGCCAAGGUCUUCUGCAAUGGCUGAAGCAUUGUGGUCAGGAAACAAGGAUGAGAAAGGCGUGAAGAGGUAUGCAGAGGCGACGGAUCGUUUGAACGAGUGGCGGUACAGAAUGGUAAGAAGAGGGAUUGCAGCUGAACCAAUUCAACCUCUUUGGUGUGUAAGAAAUCCUGGAAUGUGUAACACAGUUCAUCCAAUUUAGUUUACAUAUUCAUAUAUAUUUGCUUUUUGUGUGAGCUCUUUUUUUCACUUUAUACCGUACUGAAUUCUAAUUGAUUUUGCAUGGAAGUUUGUCAAUUAUUCAAAGGAAGAAAAGUAUGCGAAAGUUUCUCACUUGUUUUGUCACCUGUUUCAAUUUUCAGAAUCCAAGUUUCUUUUACAGUAUG